AUGUCGACGUCCUCGGGUGUGCCCGAAUCCUGGAUCUCGAGCUUCUGCUCCCUGCUCGGGCACGAGUACUUUGCCGAAGUGUCGGAAGAAUUCAUCGAGGAUGACUUCAACCUUACUGGCCUGCAGACACAGGUUGCCAUGUACAAGGAGGCCCUGGAGAUGAUUCUCGACGUUGAGCCCGAGGAUGACGACGACGAUGAGGACGAUGAGGAUGAGGAUGAAGAGAACGAAUCGGGCCUGGGAGACGGACAAGAGCGUGUGGCCGGGCGGAGUUCCGGCGAGCGAAGACACAGCAGAAUGGCCAGCGACCUGUCCGUCAUCGAGUCGUCGGCCGAGAUGCUCUACGGCCUCAUCCACCAACGCUUUAUAUGCUCACGUGCUGGUAUCCAGCAGAUGAGCGAAAAGUACGAGCUCGGCCACUUCGGCUGCUGCCCCAGGACAAACUGCGAGCUGGCGAGGACGUUGCCCGUCGGCCUCUCCGAUAUACCGGGCGAGGACACGGUCAAGCUUUUCUGCCCGUCCUGCCUGGAUGUCUACGUGCCCCCCAACAGCCGGUUCCAGACCGUCGAUGGUGCCUUCUUCGGCCGCACAUUUGGUGCCCUCUUCCUCCUCACCUUUCCGGAAUACGACCUCACCAAGCGCGGCGCCGAUGUGCUCUCCCCCAUGACCUCGAGGAUAACGGCGGACGAGACUCUCCUCAACGGCAUGUUCACCAAGAACAUCGCCCCAAGUCUGGGGCCGGGCCACAUACACGAGCCCAAGAUCUACGGGUUCCGGGUAUCAGAACGUGCCCGCUCCGGGCCCCGGAUGCAGUGGCUGCGCGAUCGGCCCCAAGACAUCAACGAGCUCGACGAAGCCCGAAUCUAUGCCGAGCAGUUUGGUGAAUCGGAUGACGAGGACGAAAACGUCAACAUGAACGGCCGGGUCAUGGUCCGCCGGCGACCUCCCGGGAACGCGCGGCUCCGCCAACGCCAGAACGCGAACGGCAGUCCCAUGCAACUAUCCACCAACGGCGCCGAGUCCGAGCUUUAG